AUGCCGAGAGUUAUAGGAAGACAAGUACAUAGAAUGAAUAUUCAAGCAAAAUCUACCGAAGAGUAUUACCGUAUAUCCAUAUUUAACCCGUACAUGGAUUCUUACAUAACUAAACAUGAACAAAGGUUUGUCAAUCAUAAGAUUAAGCUUAACAAUUUUCAGUCACUGUUUGAUACAGAAGAAAAUGAAGAUAAAUUUAUUCAAUUAGCCGAUGAUUACAAAGAUGAUCUGAAGUUCACAAAUCAUUCGUUAUUAUCAACUGAAUAUAAAUUAUGGCAAAGAAGAUUAAAAAACAUAAGAAAAAAACCGGAAAACGCACUCCAAGCAAUGACAGUUUACAAUAAAGAAAUGUACCCAAGUGUCUUCAAACUCCUUCAGAUCCUUGCUACUAUACCAGUUUCCACUGCAUCAAAUGAGCGCUCCUUUUCAAAUUUAAAAAGAAUCAAAACAUAUCUACGAAAUUCUAUGACCGAAGCUAGACUAAACGGCUUAGCAAUAAUAUCGAUUCAUAGGGAUGAGCAAUGUUUAACAGUUGACGCAGUCUUGGCAGAACUAGGCGAAACCAAAAGAAGAUUAGAAUUUAUUUUGUAA